AUGCUGUCGCCUCCCAGCAAGAAGGUCUUGGGCUCGAUUCCCGGCCAGGUGGCCGGGAACAGCUGUGAUGGUCCUUUGGUGUCCAAUCUACCCCAGUCUGCCUUCAGAGGUUCAUCUCACCUGUCCAGCAGUCACAGUCCUGGAUAUGCCAAACUCAACAGGAGAGACGGUGCCGGAGGCUGGUCCCCACUGGUAUCCAAUAAGUACCAGUGGCUGGAGAUUGACCUGGGCGAACGGACGGAGGUCACAGCCGUCGCCACGCAGGGUAGAUACGGCAGCUCGGACUGGGUCACCGCCUACCUUCUCAUGUUCAGCGACGCGGGCCACAACUGGAGACAGUACCGUCAGGAAAACAGCAUCGGGGCCUUUUCUGGGAACGCAAACGCGGACAGCGUCGUGCUGUACAAACUUCGGCAGCCUGUGGUCGCACGUUUUCUCCGAGUGCUCCCUCUGGACUGGAACCCAAACGGAAGAGUUGGGCUGAGGCUUGAGGCCUAUGGCUGCCAAUACAGGUCCGAGGUUGCAGGUUUUGACGGCAACAGCUACUUGCUCUACAGAAUCAAUCCAAAUCCACGUCACACAGCCAAAGACACGUUGUCCCUGAAGUUUAAAACUAUGUCGAAUUCCGGGACGCUCGUGCACAUGGAGAGCCAGAGCGGACUAACACUCACUUUGGAAUUACUCAAAGGAAAACUGUUGCUCCAACUCAGAAAAGGUAAGAAAGCGAUGGGCGAUUUGCACACGGCAGUGUCACUGGGAAGCCUUCUGGAUGACCAGCACUGGCAUCACCUCACCGUGGAGCGCGUCAGCAGGCACUUCAACUUCACUGUGGACAGAAAUACACAGCAGCUCGAGAUCCCUGAGUACCUGAGUCACUCUGAGAUUAACGAGAUCAGCUUUGGUGGCGUAUCAAGCAUUGAAGCACAAAGAUCUGCCUCUAAAAAGAACUUUCAUGGUUGUUUGGAGAACGUGCUGCAUAAUGACGUUAGUGUGGUCGAUCUCGCCAGGGGAAAACGACAGGUCUUCAUCACGGGAAACGUGACCUUCUCUUGUGAAGAGCCCAUUGACGUACCCGUGACCUUUGCUAGCCCUGCUAGCUUCCUCCAGUUGCCAUCAGCGUCGCUUAGUCAUACGUUCUCCGUCAGCCUGGAGUUCAGAACGUGGAACAAAGCUGGCCUGCUGCUGACCUUUGACCUCCAACAGAAAGCAGGCAACCUGAUCCUCUACCUGAGCGAGGCCAGAGUACGGCUACAGAUCCACAAGGCCGGAAGGAUCAUGGUGGACACGUCUGCAGGGUCCGGUUUGAACAAUGGCCAGUGGCAUUCUGUAGAACUCAGCGCCAAGCGCGGCCGUGUGGCGCUCAACGUGGACAAAGGGGAGGGGUCCACGGCACAUGCCAGCGUCUCCUUCUCCGUGCUGCCGGAGAGCCAUCUCUUUUUGGGAGGAUGCCCGGGUCCAGACAGCCAGGCCGAAUGCAGAAACCCGUUCAACGCUUUCCAAGGCUGCGUGCGGCUCAUAUACGUGGACGGCGUUUUAGUGGAUCUUAUCAAGGUUCAGCAGAUGCUCGUAGGGAACUUCAGCGAACUGCAAAUGGACACGUGCGGGAUUAUUGACAGGUGUUCUCCGAGUCAGUGUGAACAUGGUGGAAAAUGUACCCAGUCGUGGGGCUCCUUUCACUGCAACUGCUCCGGCACCGGCUACAGCGGAGCGACAUGCCACAGCUCUGUUUACGAACCCUCGUGUGAGGCCUACAGACACAAGGGGAACACGUCUGGCUUUUACCAUGUGGAUGUGGAUGGAAGUGGUCCCAUCAAACCCCAAUUAAUCUACUGCAACAUGACAGACAUGGCGUGGAUGGUCAUCGAACACAACAAUACAGAGCUCACCAAAUUAAAGCCGUCCUCUGGGAUAAAUCAGCAUUUAGCCUACUUUAACUAUUCCGCCGGCGCGGAGCAGCUACGGGCUAUAAUUAGCCAGGCGGAGUAUUGCGAGCAGGAACUGUCCUAUCACUGCAAAAAGUCACGCCUCUUAAACACACCAGACGGAGCUCCAUUCACCUGGUGGGUGGGCAGCUCAGGUGAAGUCCACUCCUACUGGGGCGGGGCGGUACCAGGCAGUCAGCAGUGCGCCUGUGGACUCCAGGAGAACUGCGUGGACCCCCAUCACUUCUGUAACUGCGAUGCCGACCAUAACGAGUGGGCCAACGAUUCGGGCCUCCUUUCCCAUAAGGAGCAUUUACCAGUCAAGGCUUUAGCUGUGGGGGAUGUGUUCAGACCGGGAUCUGAGGCAGCGUAUAAAGUCGGUCCUCUGCAAUGCUACGGCGACAAUAACUUUUGGAAUGCCGCCUAUUUUAAUAAAGAAACAUCCUACCUGCAUUUUCCAACUUUCCACGGGCAGCUUAGCGCAGAUAUAUCGUUCCUUUUUAAAACAAGCUCUUCCUCUGGGGUGUUUCUGGAAAACCUAGGAAUCAAGGACUUCAUCCGGAUUGAGCUCAGCUCUCCGACUGAAGUGCUGUUCUCUUUCGACGUGGGAAAUGGCCCAUUUGAGGUGAAAGUUGAGACGCCGGCCCCUCUGAAUGACGAUCGUUGGCAUCAGAUAAAAGCGGAGCGGAACGUGAAAGAAGCUUCUCUCCGUGUGGAUCAUUUCCCAAGCACCACACGGAAAGCCCCCGCCGACGGGCACACUCAUCUCCAACUCAACAGCCAGUUGUUCGUAGGAGGAACAGCCUCCAGGCAGAAGGGUUUCUUGGGGUGCAUCCGGUCUCUGAGCCUGAAUGGAAACACUCUGGAUUUGGAGGAAAGGGCCAAAAUCACCCCGGGCGUGAGACCAGGCUGCCCGGGUCACUGCAGCAGCUACGGCGGUCUGUGCCAAAACAACGGGAGGUGCGUGGAGAAGUACAACGGGUUCACCUGCGACUGCGGGCUCUCGGCGUAUUCCGGAACCUUCUGCCACAAAGAGGUCUCCGCGUACUUCAAGCCAGGUACCUCAGUGAGCUACACGUUCAAGGAACCGUACGAGUUAAACAGAAACGCCAGCACCCAGUCGUCGUCGAUCUACUCCGACACGACGCUGAGAGGAGAGAACAUUUCUCUGAGCUUCAGCACCUCCCAAGCACCAGCCCUCCUGCUCUACGUGGGCUCCUACUACAGAGAGUACCUCGCGGUUUUCCUCAACAGGAACGGGCACCUGGACGUGAAGUACAAACUGCAGAACAGCAAAGAUGCGGAGGUGUUCAGAUCCAGCGCCAGGAGCCUGGCCAACGGCCAGCUUCACAGAGUGACCAUCCAAAGAUUUACAGAAACCGUCAGUAUUCAGGUUGACCAGUACACCAGAGAAGAAUUCAACCUGACGUCAGACGUCGAAUUCAACGCCAUCAAAGCCGUCGUCAUUGGUAAACUACAUGAGUCUGGUGAGCUGGAUCCAGAGAUAGCCAGACUGAAUUCUCUGGGUUUCACGGGUUGUAUGUCGGUGGUCCAGUUUAACUCGAUUGCCCCUCUGAAGGCCGCUCUCCUGUACCCAAACAGCAGCCCGGUCGUUGUAACAGGACCUUUAGGGGAGUCCAACUGCGGUUCCCCAUCGCAGUCUCAUCCCCGUGCAGCCGAGACAACUCACUCCCUGUCAGAUCACUUUGGUACCAUAGGUACUGGGGAGCCAAUAGUCAAUGCUAUGGGCAGUGACUCUGCUCUGAUUGGAGGUGUCAUCGCCGUGGUGAUAUUCGUGAUUCUGUCCGCGCUGGCCAUCAUGGCAAGGUUCCUGUAUCGGCGAAAGGAGACGUUCCAGACUCAGGAACCCAAAGCAGGGAAAACCGAGGACUGCCCCGACACGCCCUUUAACAGCGAGCCCAACACGCAGAACAUUCUAAACGAGAACCAAAAGGAGUACUUCAUAUGA